AUGGAGCCACCUCUGAAGCGGCCUCGACUAUCACUUUUUGCAGAUGAAACGCCCAAUGCUGAUCUCGACACUGCUCGCCAUCACAAUGAUCGAUUCCUCAAAAGCCGAUUCGAGGCCAUCUUUCAGAAGUACGAACGCGACUUCUCUGGCAUUGGCGACGAGGUAGACUUAUCAACCGGAGAGAUUCUGGUCAACAAUGGCCAUCUGGACGGACUCGACGAAGAUGCCGACACUAGAAGUGAAGCUGACGAGUCGGUUGGUGAGCAAUCUCCGAGAUCGGUCAAGGCUGCUGUCACUCCCAGAAGAUCUCGACCCAUCGCAAGUGGUCGAGCCAUGCUUCGUGCCAUGACCGUCGCGCCAGACCGGGGAAAUGCAUACUUCGAGAAUGGCAACGCCGGAGAAGUGAUAGAAAGCAUCGAAACUAUUGCCGAGGCCGCCGCGAGUAAGGAAGACGUUGACGAGAAUGAUGUAACGACUCCCGAUCUUGCCGGAGCUGGGGACACGGGUGAAGUCGACAGUGACGAGAAUGGCCAAGGGGCAGAUGACGACGCUGAGUCGGAAACAGACGACGAGGGCGACAUUGACAACGAUGAUGAUCAGGAGAAUGUUGAUCCGGAACAUCUACGCGAAACUUCGGUGGAAUUUGCGACUAGGCCUCUCGAUCAGAGCAUACAGGACCCCAUCCCGGCUGCUGAGUCCGACGCGGACUCGUUGUUUGAUGCGGACGACGGAAGGGAGUCAACACCAGAUUCAUUGUUCGAGCAUGAUGAGGUCGCGAGCUCUGUGACUCCGAUGGACGAUGGUCGUACGAGGGCAGACCUCCUCAACGAUCUAGGGGAGCUCGAUCACGAUGCUAUUAUAGCACGCUUUGGUGAAGGGGUAGGGCAAGAGAUACUGAGCCUGGUUGAGAAACGUGACAAAGCAGAACUGCAUAUCGAAAGAGCUUGGCGCAUUCCGGUUCACAUCGAGCAAGCGAUGGACUCCGCGAUUCAGCAAGACAAGCAGGAAGCCGAAUCAGCACUUCUCGCAACAAGUCCUGCAACUCCAAGGCAAGGCACUUCGAUAUGGGGCUUAGGUCUGCAGGGCAAUCGCAGACUUGAGCUCCACCAGGAGCGAACCAUGCGCGUGAUUCGAGCGGAAUCAGAAGAUCCUCUGCAAGACGGUUUUGGUGCAGGUGGCCAAGUGGAGGUACGCGUCGCUGAGAUCAGCCUCGAUCGCGGCAAACGUCUCCUUAAUCGGGGGACCUGUCCAUUCUGCAAAGAGCAGUUCUAUAGCACUGGCGCGGCAAUGGGACAUCUACGCAACAUGCUGGCUGCUGCUAGUGAGCAAGAGUCUGGUGCAGGUGUGCACACAACAGACAGUGUGAAGGCUCUGCUUGACGUCGUCGAAGACGGGUCCAACGAGCAUGAGCCCGAAUCCAGUUGUGGAGAAAACGACGAACUAGACGCUAGGGUCGUCUAUGACAGCGUCGAGCGGGACAUCGACAGCGAGGACGACUUGUUUGCCGAUGCUGGCCACGUGCACAGUGACAGCGAAGAAGAGCUCGAACAAGAACAACAGUCACCUGCCGAACCCGGCCGCAUCAACAUGGACCCAGUGUCCCCCUUGGCAAGUCGAGCAGGAAGUUUGGAGAUACCAGACAGCGAUGAGCCGGAGCUGGGUCUUAGUCCUUUCGUCCCUAACAUCAGUGGGCGAACGACACCUGACAGCGACGGCGCCGAUCUCAUGCUCCGUUUCCAAGGCUCCUCUGCUCGCCGCCGCCGAGGAAGCUCUUCAUUUCGAAGGGCUGAAACGGAUGCCGAUGAGCUGCCCACCUCAACGCCUGCUGCGACUCCGUAUCCAGCCUUCAAGGAGACAGCUGAUCCGUUUGAUCGUAACGGCGAUCGAGAUUACCGUGAUCGCAAUUGGAAGAACAAAAGAUAUCAGCAGCAGGAGCGAUCGCAUUUAUCUCUGCGCCCUCGGAGAUCCCAGAAAAGGACAACAGUAGAGGUCCUGCCACUGAGCCCAGCAUCUUCUCAAUCGAGGACUGCUCUGGACGUACAAGAGACCGCCACGAAACCUGGAAAGCGCACGACCAGAAUAAAGAAGAAGAGCCAGCUAUGCGAGUCAGAAGCCGUGCUAGCAGAUAAUUCCCGCGCUCCUGUACCAUUUGAUCAAGCUAUAAGCGCCGCGACCUCGGCUGUCAGGGCAGUCUCAGAGUCUCUGACUCGUUGGGGCCAGACGCGCCAAACUAUUUCCAAUGGUGAGGAGACAGAAGAGCAGUACCACACACCAGAAGAGGUGCGGUGUUCGCCAGAGCCUGUCGACGCUGGCGACGACCUCCCACCUUUCCCAGAUUUUGAUAACACAUCAGAUUGCGAAGCCGACGAUGGGCCGCUGGACCCCAGCGACGGCAGUCACCCCCGCGACGAUAGCGAAAGAGCUUCUGUUCACGAACUCGGCGAUGACGUCGACCUGAACGACCGUUUCGGCCCCGUCCGCAUCUCCAGCACUCCUUCAGAAGCAGACGAGCUUGACAUGCUCUUCGCCGAGAACCACGCUGAAGAAACCUCCGGCUCCGACUCAGACGCCUUCGAAGCCGUGUACCACUUCAACGUCGCGGAUUUCAAAAGUCUGGUCAUUAUGCACGAAGUCCACGGGCACGGCCUGGAGGCCGUCGGAGAGCGAAUGUCCGAUCACUACCGCAGCUACCGUACACGGGUCGGUCCCUCCUGGCGAGGCAUACUACCCGAAGUAGUCUGGACCGAGGAGGACGAGAUGCUCCUACGGCAGCUGAGCCUGAACGACCACACUCUCAUGGAGACCAUCAAACGCCGCCUCCCACACUUCCGUCAAUUCGACAUCGGCAACCGUCUUGCCGAGUGGUGGCUGUACGAAUUCUGCCACUCGCAACAAUCUCACCCUCACCACCACCAGCAACAACCGAAGACCGUUGCCCCGCUCACCAAGCCUCCACACGCCCGCUCCUUACACCUCCUUCACCUCGACCAAUCUCCUGGCAGCCUCGACGUCGCCCUACCUCCUACCACCUUCGCUGAGUUCUACGAGAACUCCAAGCGCAAACACCCUCCUGAACCCAUCAGCCAACGCGUAUGCCGCCAGCAAAAUCCUCAGACCGGCGCAUGGCGCGGCUGCGGCAGGAUCUUUUCGCAGCGUGAUGCAGUCCUGCGGCAUUGGAAGGCCACCGAGAGAGCCUGCCUGAAGGAGGGCUUUGAUCGGAUGAAGAAGCCUGAGAACAGGAGGCGGACACGGGUAGCUGGACCCGAAGCGGAAGGUUUCGAGGAGCUUGAAGGUGGGAGGAAGAAGGGAGGCGAGGUGCAGUGCCGACAAAUGAGUCCUGGGCGUCAGACGGUGGUCCGGGGCUGUGGAAAGUGGUUCAGCCAGAAGAGCACGAUGUAUAGGCACUGGCGGCAACGGCGCGGAAGGUACUGCAGGCCGGAGUGGUAUCGGUGGCCUAGUGAGCCGGAUGCUGACGAGGGACGUCCGGGAACUGCUGAGACUGGUGCUAGUGAUGUCGAUGAGAGGCCAGCAAUGGCCAGUAGUGCUGCUGAGACCGCCAAUUUGUCCGCAAGCAUUUUCCUCGACGAAGAAGCCGCAAAUGCUGCUCCGAAAUCUCGUGGUGGACAGACGGCGGUCGUCUUUGCGGGACUGGACGUGUCGGCCAUCGUGAGACCGUCAGCCGCCGCAGCAGACAUAUCGGGCGCUGGCAGCACUUAG